AUUAUUAUUAUUAUUAUAUCUAAUUUUGUUUAGUAGACUAGCACAAAUUAUUACUCUUAAGUCUACAAUUCAGUGAACUGCAGCUAACAAGACAUUCACACAUAACUGUAUGACUUGCGCCUCCGACUACUCUCUCGGAGGAAAUUUACCAAGUCAUGGGCGACCUUGGGUGAGUGUGGCGGGGGGAUGGUGAGACUGGUGACUCGAGGUCCGGCUGGAGGUAUAAAGUCAGGCUGGAAACCAGAGGAGUCAGUGUCUGCUCACCACCCCAUCACCACACUACCAAACAUGUUUACUUCUAUGGUGUUGAUGUGCAUGCUGGUGGCCGCUGGUGUGGCUCUCCCAGGUGGAUACCAGCAAGCAUCUUAUGCGCCUCUGCCCUACGAUUUCAACUACGGGAUCAACUCUGGAGCCACCAACUUCGGCCAGCAAGAGAGCGGCAACAAUGGCAACGCCAAGGGCUCCUACUGGGUCAACUUACCUGACGGUCGCGUCCAGAGGGUUGAUUACUGGGCCGACGGUAGCGGAUAUCAUGCUACCGUGAGCUUCCAGGGCACCGCCAAACAUCCCAGCUAUGCUCCCUCUUAUGGCUACUAA